AUGAUUGGUAAGCUUGGUUACGUCAUAGUGCCGGUGGUGGGUCACGUGGUACAAGUGGUGGGUCACGUGGUACAAGUGGUGGGUCACGUGGUACAAGUGGUGGGUCACGUGGUACAAGUGGUGGGUCACGUGGUACAACUGGUGGGUCACGUGGUACAAGUGGUGGGUCAUGGUACGGGUGGUCGGAAAUAUUUGCAGGAACUUGGAGAACUCGAUCAUCCUGUGGAGGCCUCGUUGCGCAGGUUUGACCUUGACCACCGUUUCGGACCUUGUCGUGGCAUAGGUCGGACAGCACGUUUCGCGCGCGGUGCCGGGCUCGACAUACGUGAUUACGAUGAGCUUUUCACCUCGCCCGUCGCGAAUGACAGAUGCGUCUGGGAUCAAGUGAUGAAAGGGGGGAUGUAA